UUAUGUUGCAAUAUAUAUUAGAUUAGAUUCAACUUUAUUGUCAUUGCACAGAGUACAAGUACUAGUACAACGAAAUGCAGUUUCAGCAUCUAACCAGAAGUGCAAAAGAAGCAGUCAAGGUGCAGUGCAAUGUGCAGGAUAAAUAACAGAUAAUAAUAAUACAGUCAGCUGUACAGUUACAGUUUCAUGUCCCACUAUGAUGCAAGUCAAAGUAAUGAGCACCAAUAAGACAACUUCAAUCUAAAUGAUCUCCUCGAACCUAAACGGUAUUGUUUUACAGUUAUCGUGAUGGUUAUGUUAACAUCUAACCCAGUCCUGUGUAAGAGUUUCACUGUUUACAGAUCAGCUGAUCAGUCAGCAGCUUCAGGCUCUAACUUGCAGCUCGAUCAGCUGCAUGUCAAGAUUGAUGUUGUCCUUUGCUGUUGCAGGAGAAAGGAAUCCCUUUGAUGGGAGAAUCCUCUUUCCUGGCCUCCUGGGUCAAUCGCCGUGCCAUUAUGAUGGAUGAGCAGGAGGCGCUGAACUCGAUCAUGCAGGACUUGGCCGAACUGCACCGCUCUAGCCGUCCUGCCACGUUCCUGUCGGACCUGGGCAAACCCAAAGCCUCCUCGCCCAAGAACCAGAACGAUGUCAGAGUGAAGUUCGAGUUCAAAGGGGAGAAGAGGAUCUUACAGUUUCCUCGACCUGUCCAGCUGGACGACCUGAGGGCGAAAGCUAAAGUGGCUUUCGGUCAGACGAUGGACCUUCACUACACCAACAAUGAGUUGGUGAUUCCGCUGACCACUCAGGACGACCUGGACAAGGCCGUGGAGCUGCUGGAUCGAAGUGUUCACAUGAAGAGCCUGAAGAUCCUCCUGGUGCUCCAGAUGUCCUCUCAGAACUCUUCCUCCAAUAUGGACCUGUUGUCGUCCCACGAGGAGCUGGACAACACAGGAUUCAGGCUCGCUGACAAGAAGAGCAUGCUGGCUUUGAUAGGCUCCCAUUCGACAGACCGCAGCUCCCCUCCUCCAGGGUACAUUCCCGACGCGCUCCAGCAGGUAGCGAGGAACGGCUCCUUCACCAGCAUCAACAGCGAGGGAGAGUUCAUUCCUGAGAGCAUGGACCAGAUGCUGGACCCGCUGUCUAUGAGCAGUCCAGAAAACUCUGCGUCUGGAAGCUGUCCCUCAUUAGACAGCCCACUGGACAGCGACUACCCGAAGUCCAGGAUGCCGCGAGCACAGAGCUACCCAGACAACCACCAGGACUUUCCAGAAUAUGAAAUCCCAGUGUUUGAGAAGUCGGGGAAAGGUGGGACGUACCCUCGGCGAUACGGCAUUCCCUUCGGUCUUCAGGAUUACAGUGACGGGAGGAAAACCUUCCCUCGUGCUCGCCGGACGCAGGUCCACGGCUUCCGCUCUCCGGUGAGCUUCAGCCCGACGGAACAGUCGCCCAGCACCAGCAGCGGCAGCAGUGUCUUCACUCCCGACCUGGAGGAGGCCCCGGGGCCCGCCAGGAGGCCGCGGAGGGGCAGCGACAUUGAACCCAACCUGACGGGUCCGACCCUGUCUGUGAUGGACAUCAGCCCACCCAGCCGCUCUCCACGCGCACCAACAAACUGGCGGCUGGGAAAGCUCCUGGGUCAGGGCGCCUUCGGACGGGUUUUUCUCUGUUAUGAUGCCGAUACUGGACGGGAACUGGCGGUCAAACAGGUCCAGUUUGACCCAGAGAGUCCGGAGACCAGCAAGGAGGUGAGCGCGUUGGAGUGUGAAAUCCAGCUCCUGAAGAACUUGUGUAACGAGCGUAUUGUCCAGUACUACGGCUGCCUGAGGGACACCAUGGAGCGAACGCUCUCCAUCUUCAUGGAGUACAUGCCCGGAGGCUCCAUCAAGGACCAGCUGAAGUCGUACGGAGCGCUGACGGAAAACGUGACGCGCCGCUACACCCGUCAGAUCCUGGAGGGGGUUUCCUACCUGCACAGCAACAUGAUUGUCCACAGAGACAUCAAAGGGGCCAACAUCCUGCGUGACUCGGUGGGUAACGUGAAGCUGGGAGACUUCGGGGCCAGUCGGCGGCUGCAGACCAUCUGUCUGUCAGGAACUGGCAUCAUGUCGGUGACCGGCACCCCCUACUGGAUGAGUCCAGAAGUGAUCAGUGGAGAGGGCUACGGCAGGAAGGCUGACAUCUGGAGCAUCGGCUGCACCGUGGUGGAGAUGCUGACGCAGCGACCCCCCUGGGCAGAGUUUGAGGCCAUGGCGGCCAUCUUUAAGAUUGCCACCCAGCCCACCAACCCCGUGCUGCCUGCACACGUGUCGGACCACUGCCGAGAGUUCCUCAAACGGAUCUUUGUAGAGACUAAGCAGCGUCCGUCUGCUGAUGAGCUACUGAGGCACAUCUUUGUACAUUAACCCCUGAACCUUUAACCCCGCCCCCCCGCCCGCCUGCAGGAACUGCCAGAUACGGCCUUACCUGCCUCUGACUCCGCCCCCUCCGCCUCCAUGCUGAAAAUAUCUGGACCUGGAGGAACUGGCUGAAAGAAGGUGGGGUGUGUCGACAGGUGGGGGGGUGCGUACUGGCUCCUCCCGUCUCUGUUUGUAGGAGACCGCCAUAGACGACAUGAUUUAUAUUUUAUUUUUCUCCGCAAGUUGCACCUUAAUUUCUCAACCAAGGAGAGGUGGAGCGCUUUCUCCUGAAGGAAAGCGACUCUUUGAAAAGCCCUCCUCUUUUUUAUGUUUGUACGGUUUCUCUCUUCACACCUUUGGGAGUGGGAUGGUGUCGUUGUCGUGGACCUACAGCAGGUGAUGCCUGGCUCUCGAGUGGCCCUGGACCCCCAUCUCGCCGACCCGACCCCGGAAUGUAGUCUCCUGCCAAAACCCAGAGGGAUGGUGACGACCUGGGCCCGCUGCUAUAGACGAACCUGAACCCCAGCUGCAGAGAACACUCUCCGAAAACCGUUUCCAGUCACCUGCCCUCAUCCCGCCUCCUCUUCCUCUCCGUCUUCGUCUCCCUGCUUUACUGUCCACCUCCCCUCCUCUUCCUCCUCCAUCUUUGAUCCUCGCCGUGUGCCUUUUCUGUUUUUUAGCAGUCCUGAGUUCUUCGCCACAAGGUUUCUCACUGUUGUUUUGCCUCCCGGAUAAAACUGCCUUUGCACCAUUAGCCCAAAUCCAGCUGAUCUCAGUUCAGCCGUUAUGUCCGCUUCUGCCUUUUCUGUAAGGGGACUCCUGGAGUUGAGCCGGCUGCAUGCUGAUCUCUUCUGCUCCACCUGUCUGCUCUGGCUGGUAACCAAAUGUCCAUCAGACUCUCUGCUUGGUUUAAUAGAGAAAUGUGUCUGAAUGUACCAGCUGACUGGUACGCUCACAGGGAUUGGUUCUCCUGCUUUGGUCUCUCUCUUCAGAUGCAGCUUCUCUCCUCUGCUUCGUAUUCACUGAUCAGGUCGGUGGAGCUCUUGUCAUGGCAGAUCACAUUCUGGAUUAGCUGAGAGGAAGUUUACUGCUGAGACAUGACGGGACAAACGGGUCCUUUAAGCAGCUCGCGUUCAGAAAAUGUACAAAUUAUCAGCUGACUGGUGAGCAGAAUAUUUCAACUCCAAUCACUGGAUGUAAACUGAAGUGUGUGAUGAACUAGUCGACUCUCAAAAACAUAACCUAAAUAGAAAACGGCACUAAUUCAACUACAGCUAAAGCUAUUAGUAGAAAAUGAAUCGGCAAUGAUUUCAAAUAUAUCAGAUAACCAUUAAUGUUUUCAGCUGCUGCAGACUUUCUGUCAUUCUGCCAUGACUUGAUUACUUGAAGCAGAAGAGAGGUGUGUUUGAAGAGUGUCCACCUGCUGCGAGGCGAGAAGCUCACAGCUGAUUGGCCGGAUGUCUGGCUGCAUGACGCUGUGGUUGGUUGUAUUUCAAACUAAAGGCUGGAGCGGUCAGCAUUUCAACCACAGGUACAUUUACAGGUAACGAGCCUCUUCACUUCCUCCACUGCUGCAUCGGUACCCGUUUGUUUGUCGUCGCUGUGCCGUAACGGAGACGCUCCCGUUGGGUCACAUGACUUGUUUUGUCGCCUCUCAUUCACUCCUCAGAUUAGACUCGCACUUGAAGUCGUUUACAGAUUCUCACAGCGUCGGUACUUUUGUUUUUUUUGCCAAAUCAGAUGUGAACUCGUCACUUUAGUCGAACCACAAACACUCCGCUCAGCAUCGUUGUCUCUCGCUGCUGUUUCCUCGUAGGCCGAGCUUCCAUCACGUCUGUCUGUUAAUUAUGACGUCUGUCUGUUGAUUAUGACGUCUGUCUGUUGAUUAUGACGUCUGUCUGUUGAUUAUGACGUCUGUCUGUUGAUUAUGACGUCUGUUCGUAGCGUUGGCUCUGUAACUGUGCAGCAGUGAGAUGUUUCUACAACCAGUGACUCCUCGGCUUAUGUUGACAAAUCAGCACCUCCAAAACAUUAAUAACUAUUUAAUAAUACGAUAUUCAGUCGGCUGCACGUUUAACAAAAGUAAUAAUAGGAUUUAAACGGAUUAUCUGAAACCUUUCUUCCUUGUUUUGAGGCUAAAUCUGAACUUAUUAAAGGUGCAAUCAGUCUUUUCUUUACCGGCACAAAUGAAAUAUGUCCGCACAGAAAAAACCGUUCAGACCCCACCUGGUUGUUUAACGGUACGUAGAGAUCGAGGUACGUUACGUAACGCCCUUCUUGAGUCUGGCUUUGGUAUGUUUUAACACUUGAAUUCUAUAAUAAUGUAAAAUACAUUUCCUAGAAAGAACUAAGUAGUUUGGUGCAAUUUAAUUUAAGGGUGGAAUGAGAGUUCUCAGUUGGUGUAAAACAUUCAACAAAUAUGGAGAAUAAAGUCUCCAAUAAUGAUGUAUAAUAAUAUUUCAAUCACAUAUAAUUCUUAUUCUACCCAUCAUUUUAACCAGGAAACUUUUAAGGAGAUUAUUAAGAAAAUAUGUUGUCUUUCAUUUCCUAAUCAAGUGAAUCAUGCGUUUGUUGUUGUAGUUCCUCACAGCCGCCACGAGGUGUUAGUGAAGAGAAAUAUUUUACUGAUUGCACCUUUUUCUUAAAACGGGAGGAAAAUAUUGCUCAUCAAACAUUAAUCGAUUGGUGAACUUUUAUCACAGCUGGUGAUUCUCUCUGAAGGCAUUUGUUUAGCUCGUUGGAAACAAACAGGUGGUUUAAACUGAAACAAACUCCUUCAACACUCAAUUUAUGCAUUUUCAAAACCAUAUAUUUCCCAAAAACCCCACAGAAGAGAGAGAGAGCCUCCAUUUUGCAAACAUUAGUGGUUGUAUUGAGUUUGAGGCGGCCUUCAGUAAGCUGUUGUAAUGCCGCCAGCACUGGUAACCCUUGAUACGCACUACCAUUAUGCACUAUCUUUGAUUCACUGAUGCUUUUUCACGAUUCCUCGUCGGCUGUCACUGUAGUGCAGCUCCGUUCAGCGACCUUUUCUUUGCACAUUUUAAAGACUAUUUUUUUAUUUUUACACAAGUGUUAUUGUGAGCGCAUGUGUGUGUGUGUGUGUGUGAGAAAGAGAAAACUCAAUACAAGAAUGUAAUGUCUCUUUUUUUUUUUUUUUUUUUUUACCGUCAGAUGGCCUCUAUCACCUCCGUGGAUUAACUCCUCGGUACCAGUAUUUGUCACCUGCAAAUGCCAAGAUACACCUGUAGUUCUCUUUAGUGUCUAAAGCCACUGCUGCCACUCCUGUGUGCGUGUGUGUGCGUGUUUGUAUGUGUGUGUGUGUGUGUGUGUGUGUGUCGACGUGCAUUUACUGCAAUUUGUGCUAUUUGGACAUUGCGCCCAAAAUGCCUUGAGCAUUCUGACUGUAGGAGGGGAGAAAAUGAAAAUAAUAAUGAUUUAAAAAAAUAAAUAAAUAAAAAGAAAAUCUUGUACAAAUGUAUAAAAUGAAAAUGUACCCUUUUUUAAAUAAGAAAAGUCCAAUUAUAUCCCACAUGUUUGGUCUCUGUGUAUUGUUAAAAAGCCAUGUUUAUAAUUCUAAUUGGUUUGUGACCAAUACGCCUGUUUAUAUCAGAUCUGUAUAUCAGUGGUACGCAUAAUUUUUUAAUAUAUAUUUUUUAUUUUACUUUUUUUUUAAUGGGAGAUUUUAUGCAUGGUUGGGUCUUGAGAGACGCAGCGGUGCCGUUGAAUGGUUGCUGUUUUUUGGCAAAAUUCUUGAGUAUUGCGACAGCUCUGUGUUCAUAAUUACAACAAUUAUGACAAUGAAAAAUAAUAAAAAGAUAUUUAUUUCA